AUGGUGGAGCGUAAGGCCAUCGGCGGUGUAAUGCCGAAAAGUGGCCGGUCAGCCGAUGAAAAUGAUACUUCAGAGAAUGAGAUCAUUACCAAUCUUGGAUAUUACGACUUGCUUUCUCCGAGCUGCCAAGAUAGCACAGCAAACUCACACCUCGUGUUCAUCGAGACAAGCAUGGAACUUACAAAUACUCAUCCACUGAUAACCCUCAACAUGCGCGCCGCAGCUCUAAGUCUCCUUUCCGCCGUUGGCCUCGCUAGCGCCCAGGUCCAAAACGCUACCAUCGUCGUAGAGAAAUCUCUCGGUAAUGCAUACCAGAACACGACCAUCUCGUUCUCCCCCGUGUAUGACUACGAGAAUCCCGAGAUUCUGAACCAGGUGUCCUCGCUCUACCAGAUCGGACCUGAGUACACAUACUUCUGCUUCGCCACCAGGCCCGAUGGCACUAAGUACAGCGAUGAGUGGUUUGGCAUCGGCAAACCACUUCGCCUCUCUACCAACAACGUCGUUGUCAAGACUAUCAGUUGUUAUCUCGAAUAG